CGCGCCGCCAUGGACGCCGCGCCCGCGCUCCUGGGCGCCCCGCGGGCCGAGGUGCUGGACGACGUGCUGCGGGAGCAGUUCGGGCCGCUGCCCAAGCUGGCUGCCAUCUGCCGGCUCAAGCGGCUGCCGUCGGGCGGCUACUCGCCCACUGAGGACCUGCAGUUGGUGCUGGAGCGGCGGCGCGUGGCCAACGCCAAGGAGCGCGAGCGGAUAAAAAAUCUCAACCGUGGUUUUGCCAAACUGAAGGCCCUGGUGCCGUUUCUUCCCCAAAGCAGGAAGCCUAGCAAAGUUGAUAUCCUUAAAGGUGCGACUGAAUACAUCCAAGUUCUCAGUGAUGUUUUGGAAGGAGCCAAAGACUCGGAGAGACAAGACCCAGAUCAUCAGAACUAUAGCACCAGAACUUCCGAACCACAUAUAUCCUUGGCCAGAGAGCCAUCGAGAAACACCACCCGACAUGCUGGCUGUGCUGUGGGCUUGAAGAAUGAGGAGGAAGGGUCCUGGGCAGAUGGUGGCAGUGGUGAGUCGUCACACCCUUGUUGCCAGAGGGCGGUGUCUGCGACAGCAGUUAGCUGCCCAACCAGGAGUCUGGUAAAGUGUUUCUUCUUAAAUAGCCAUGUAGCUGUCCAAAAACUCAUAACGCAUCCCUUGAGACAUGUGGCAUUUUAUAUGUUAAAACGUGAUUGA